AUGGCUGAGGACCCUCGGGGGCAGAGGACGUCCUCCCGCGUGACAGUGACCCAGCUCCUCGGAGGCCCAGAGCUGAGCCCCGGAACGCCCCCGGAUGAGGCUGGGAGAGGCCAACAGAUCACGCUGGCCUGGCCCCUCCAAGUGUCCCAAGGGGCCACAGUGCUGGAACUUUCCUACCUGGUACCGAGCAGGGAGCGCUGCUUCUGUCCCUACUGCCGGGGGAGCAGACCCAUGUUAGCGCCUCCCCUCCGCCCCAAGCCCACUCUGCGAGUGUCCUAG